CAGUAUAGUUUUCGCUUCAUCAUACAUAGACUUUGUUGUCUCUGUAAUAAAUCGCAUAUAUUUGAAUCGCAUAUUAUAUUUAUAUUUCGCAUAUAUAAUGCUGAAAAUGUCUAAAAACAAGGAACAAAGUCUCCUUGAAGAAAAUGAUGAAAAAGUCCUCGCAGUGUUUGAAGAUGAUUCGGACCCCAGUGUAUCGUGUGACGUGGACAUUAUUCCUCCAAAUGAGGCAACAAAUCCUUUGGAUGUUCCGUUGGCUCUUUUGCCUCCCGACCAUCCCUUAUUGCAGAAGUUUCAACAAUCUUUGAAGGAAUAUCUUUUGCGAACUCGAGACAAGCUUAUCAAUGAAAUUGAAGAAAUUAAAUACUCCACCAAACAGAAAGAGCAGGAGCGCGAGGAACAAGGAGCAAUUCUAUAUGACAUGCAAGAAGAUAUUAUGCGCCAGAACAAGCAGCUUGAGACCUUUGAAGAACAAAUUCAAGAUCAUCUUCAGAAACGACAUGUCGAGGAGGAAUCAGUUCGAAAGCUCAAGGAAGAAUACGAGGAGAAGAGCCAAAUGAGCAAAGAGCAAAAGACGAAGUACAACAAACGAAUGGCCGAAUUAGAGAAUAUGCAAGAACUGGAGAAGAACAUAAGCAGGUGGGCCGACGACGUGGAGGACGAAGUGAAGAAUGCAAAACGCGUGGUAAGCCGGGAUGCGCAACUGCAACAGGAGCUUUCGGAAGAAAAGAAAAAGUCAGAUCUUUUAUCUUACCACUUGGACGUGGAGGUAAAGAGAAGUGAAAAAGAGCUGGAAAUAGUCCAGAAUGAAGUAAAAGAUAUGGAGGAGGUGUUGAAUGUUCUUGGCAUGAGCGUUUCAAAUGCUAAUGCAGAUCUGGAGGCCCUUGAAAGUGAGCAUAAGCGCUUAAGCCAAGCCUGGUCCGAAGUCAUUGUUGCAAUAUCAUUGCGCGAUCGCAUACUCUAUCAGGUUCAAGAGGCCAUGAACAAGGAGAAGGAAUCGAUUAAAUUGAGUACCGCUGGAAUGCAAGCCAUUCAAAAGCAAAUACAAAAGGAACUGCAGCUUAACGAAAAACUUGAAAUAUUCAAAAAUCGUUUAUCAGACGACUUUAUGGUGUUAAGACGGCAAUGUAAAUCCCAAUCGGAUAUUUUAGCCGAUUUAGAACAAAAACUUACGGAAGUACCAAUUAUGCUUGAGCAAACCGAAAAAGACCUUAAAGAAGCCAAAAUGGAGGGAAACAAUCUACAAACGGAAAUACAUAGAAUCCAACUGAAAAUCGACAAAGAGUAUAAUAAAAAAUACGAAACCGAAGAAAAUAUUCUCAAACUGGCCCAAGAGCAAUUGAUAAACGAUAAGGCCAGUGAAUACCGCUUGAAAUUGCUGAAUAAUUCACAAGAAGAGAGGCGAAGCAUGGAAUUAAAUUUGACUCAGGCCCAAAAUCAACUGGCCGAAACUCUUUUGGAAAUGGAACGCCACAAGGCGAAUAACUUUCGAAAAAGCCAAGAGAAUGAGAGACUCAAUGACAAAUUAUUGUCUUUAGAGCGAAAAUCCGAUUUGUUAAAUAUGGAACUUAAACAACUAGAGACUCAAAUUGAAAUUAAAAUAAAACGAAUGGAUAAAUUGAAUAACCAGCUGGAUGAGCUGCUACGUUCCAACGAGGGACAGGAGAUAAGUCCAACCGAAGUAAAGAUAAAACAUUUGGAGAAGACUGUGCACGAAAAGGAUCAGCAGCUGCGAGACUAUCAGAAAUAUUGGAUUAUGUUUCAAAAUCACUAUGUUAACCUGUCCCAAAAGAGAAGUGCACAAAUGAGUCAAAUUCAAAUAACCAGAAAACAACUAUCGAUUAUAAAACAAAAGUCCCUUAAGUUGGACCAGGAGCUCGAGCAGUCGGAGGUCAACACGAAAGAGCUGAAUCGAGACAUUCAAAUAUAUCAGUCAAAAUUGGAAUUGUUAAACGCCAGAGUUGCCAAGAAACGCCAGCAUCAUGAAUUGGUUGAGAAUGAGUGCGAGCAAGAACACGCGGAGUUGGUAGAAAAACUCAAGGACAAUGAAAUGCGUGUAUUGGAAUUAGAGGAGUCUAUUAAUGAAUUACAAAUCGAAAUCGAACACUACAAAGACGAGGUGUUGGACAAACACAGAGAAUCUCUGUCGUGGGAAACCAAAUAUAAAUUAAUUGAGGAAACUCUUCGUUGGCGCAGAGAGGAGGGAGCUCUUGACAGUGAACUUGGAACAAUGCGCACUGAAAUCCAUCGUAUGCAAAUUCGACAUCAACAACUGAAACGAGCUCAAGAGAAGCUUAUCCAAGAUCUCGAUCACUGUGUUAUGCACCGCGAGCACAUCUCAGUGACAGCAUCUAGCAAGCAGACCAUGGAACAAUCAAAACCCACAGCAGCUAGACAAAGCAACACUUCAAUUAAGUACAAAAUUAACGAUUUACGCAACAAGCUCAAACAAAUCCAGUCGGAAAUCACUCUUAUUUCCGACCAGCAGUCAAAACAAGCUACCAAAGAAUAUCAAUGUAUAGAAGAAGAUAUAAAACGAUUGCGAAGCCACAUUGAGCAGGAAACUGCAGAGGACAACAAAAUCCGUUGCGAAAUAGAAGCCGGCAUGCUCCAAAAACAUGAAAAUUUAGAAAAUAUUAUUCGGAAGCAGAACAGGGCCAAGUCCUAUAGGCGUCUUAAUGCAGCCGCACAGCCUUUGAAGUUGCCUCGAUCGGAGGCUUCCAUUCUGGCUCAAAUGCAAAAGCAACUUGAAAUGAAUGACCACUUGAUAGACGCGAUCCAGUCUCUGAGUAGCGACCACCCUGAGAAGCAGUCAUUCUUCUCUAAACUGCUCCAUGUUCUUAAAACAUAAAUUUCUAAUUAAUUAAAAAAAGCCUUAAUGUAUUUUUCAAUUUUAACAUUAAACUUCAGCCUUUGCUAUUAAUAAAUUUGCA